CGGUGGGCGGGGCCGGGGCACAGUAUUUAUCAAGCGGCACCUCGCUCCCCUCCGCCUUCUCUUCCCGGUUCUUCCCGGAGUCGGGAAAAGCUGGGUUGAGAGGGCGAAAAAGGAUGAGAGGACGGGUCUGGGUUACAGUAAGAUGUUGUGCUCAGGGGUCUGGCCCGGGACCGGACGUGGGGACGCCGAGUUCAGGGUCUGGGGUCCUUGGCAGCCGCCACGCCACAACGUGAGGAUUCGCCUCGGCGGAGCCUCUGGAACCAAUGGGGUCGCAGCUCGGAAGGGGCGCGGGGCAGAGAGCGAGACCCGGAUUCGCAUUCGGGAAGCCCUGGGGCAGGGCCGAGCCGUGGCCGCGGCAGUUGCCGCUGUGGACUCCAGAUGGUGACCUUGGAGUGGUCACUGUACCUCCAGGCAGUGGCUUCGCUCGCGUUUGCUGUCGCUCGGAGGCCCCUUUUUUGAACUGGUGGGGUCCUGGUGUGGGGCUGUCGGGGCAGCGCUGGAGCAGCUGCAGCGGACGAACCUGCUGGGCUCACGACUGUGCAGGUUCUUGUGUGCGCUCUUGGUUAAAGCCUGGAAGGUACCUGAAAAAUGAAAAAUUUUGCAGGAGAGGCGAAGUGAAAUAACUUUUUUAUUGUGACUUUGACGCUUGUAGUUUGACAUAAAAAAUGUCCUUUAAUGUUACACUUUCCGCACUGUACAGCAUGUAAAACCAUGUAACAACAUUACGGAAAGUUUGGGGAAGGGAAAGUAUUUGUUAGAAUUCCACCAUAACCAAAAAAAAAAAAAAAAUUCUCUGCUGUGGAGUCGAUUCCGGCUCAGCGACCCCACCAUAGAGUGCUACUGUUAAAGUUUUGGUAAUACAGUCCUGUAUCCUUACCAGAACCUCUUGUACCACAAUUUUGUAUGCUUUUUCAAAGAACAUUUCUUUUGCUGCAUCCAAAUGAGUAAUUCUCUGUCGUGUGCUGUUAUGGAUUGAAUUGUGUCUCCCCGAAAUAUAUGUUGGAAUCCUAAUCGCUGUACCUGUGGAUGUAAUUCUGUCUGGAAAUUAAGGUUUUCUUUGUUAUGUUAAUAAGACCAUAUCAAUGUAGGGUGUGUCCUAAACCCAAUCACUUCUGAGUUAUAAAAAAGCAGAAGAGACACAGAAGCAAAGCAAUGGAUACCUCUAGAUCACUGAGCAAGCAGGACUUGAAACUGAGACAGGAAUUUACCACCACCACCACCCCCCCACCAGACUGGACAAAGAGCAGUGAAUUUGGACUCCUAGCCUCCUACAUUGUGACAAAAACAAAUUUCUGUUCUUUAAAUCCACCUACUUGUGGUAUAUGUUACAGCAGCACUAGGAAACAGACAGGUACAUCGUGAUUUAUUUCCCUGUUGUUUGGACACUUAGAUUGUUUUUUUUUUUUUUUUUUUCCCCGCGGUUGUAAAUAACUCUGCGGUGAACAUCUGGUUCGUUUAAUGUUUUUUUCUUCUUUUGGGUUAUUCCCUUGGUCAGAUGGCCAGAGCUGGAGUAACUGACCUAAAGAACAUGUGCAGUUUUUUAAAGUGAACUUUAUAUUUUGAGAUAAUUAUAGAUAUACUCACCGUUGUUAAAAAAAAAAAAAAAAUAGUGCAGAGUGAUCCCAAGUACGGUUUACUGGAAUUCCCCCAAUAGUAAUGUCUUACAAAAUUAUGGUACAAUCUCACAACCAGAAUAGUAACAUUGAUACCGUCAAGAUAUGCCCGUUUAAUAGCCACGCCUACCUCUGUCCCUAUCCUCACCCUCCCCUGACAAACACUGAUUUGUUCUCCAUUUCUAUAAUUUUGUUAUCUUAAGAAUGUUAUAUAAAUGGACUCGUACAGUGUGUGACUCCUUGGGAUAGCUUUUUUCACUCACCCUAAUUCCCUAGAGAUUUUCUAAGUUGUUGCAUGUAUCAAUAAUUCAUUCUUUUUUAUUGUUCCCUACCCAUAGUAUGUAUGUACCACAGCUUAACCAGUCACCUUUUGAAGUAUAUUGGAGUUGUUUCCAGUUGUUUACUGUUAUGUGUAAAGUUACUAUGAACAUUUGCGUAUAGGUUUUGAGUAAGCAUAGAUUUUCAUUUUUCUGGGAUAAAUGCUGCUGUUGAGUUGCCCCCAACUCAUGAUGACCCCAUCCAUAACAAAAUGAAAUGCCACCCAGUCCUGCACCAUCCCCAUGAUCCGUUGCAGGUCAGAACUUGAGAUCCAUAGGGUUUUCAUUGGCUGAUUUUCAGAAGUAGAUCACCAUGCCUUUCUAGCCUCACUGAAAUCUGUUCCGCAUUGUAGUGACACACAAGCUUCCACUGACAGCAUGGUGGCUGCACACGAGGCACAUUGGCUGAGCAAGAAUUCAACCACAGAACCACUAAUGCCUCGGUCAUAUGACUUGUAUGCUUAGUUUUAUAACAAACUGCCAAACUUUUCCACAGUGGCAGUACAUUUGAUGGUUCCAUGUUGCUAAAUUGCUUUAAAAAAGGAUUGUGCUGAUAAUGCAUCACUACUAAAUAUAUGCAUACAAGAAUAUCUAUAUAACAUAUUUUUUUAAAAAACCAUCGAGUUGAUUCUUCUCAUAGCGACCCUAAAGAACAGAGUAGAGCUGCCCCAUAUGAUUUCCAAGGAGCACCUGGUGGAUUCUAACUGCUGACAUUUUAGUUAGCAGCGUAGCACUUAACCACUACACCACCAGCGUUUCCGUAUAAUAUAUAAGAGUGCAUAUAACAUAACUCGCCUGCCCCCUAGAGACCUGCUUUGCUUUCUCCAGAGAAUACAUUUGCAGGUUUUUGCCUUGGUAGGAGAGAAGCGUUUGCCUAACUUCAUAGAGCUGGGAAGGGAAUCUGGGGAUCUGACUGCUUUUUAAGCAGACUUGCAACCCAUCCUCCUCGGGCUAGUUCCCCUUUUCCUCACCUCCACUUCAAAAGGAACCUGGAGCUAACUGGUUAUGAGCGCCUCAGUGAGUACUGGUUUGGCUCUUGGUGCCCUCAUUACUGCCUUAGGAGUCAGUUUUCUUGGUCUCCUAAGUCUUUUACCACUCUUCCAUCUGUUUUCAGUCUUCUCAAAUUCUGUUGCCAUUGUCAUUUUAUGAAAUGCUAUGAUUUAUAUAAAAAAUAUUGUAUUUUUGGUGAACAUACACACUGCAAAAUAGGUUCCCAUUCAACAAUUUCCACACAUAUUGUUCAUUGACAUUGGUUAGAUUUUUUGCAUUGUGUCAACAUUAUUAUUUCCAUUCUAGUUGUUCCAUUCCCAUGAACCUUCUCUCACAGCCCCUAAACCUUCUCAUCCAUAUUUUAACCAUUGUCCAUUGACAGGAGCCAUGGUGGUACAGCGGUUAAGCGCUUGACUGCUAACCUAAAGGUCAGCAAUUCAAACCCACAAGCUGCUCUGCAGGAGAAAGAUGUGGCAGUCUGCUUCUGUAAAGAUUUAUAACCUUGGAAAGCCUACAGGACAGUUCUACUAUGUCCUAUAGGGUCACUAUGAGUUAGAAUCAACUCUGUGGCAAUGGGUUUAGUUUUGCUUGCUUUGGUUGUCCAUUUGGGCACAUAUAGUUAAUUUUUUAAAAGAGCUCAGUACUCGAUUGACAUUUUUUGUUUUGAGUUAACCUGCUAUUUAGUUAAAAGGUAACUUCAGGAUAUACUUUCUGUUCAGAGUUUAAAGAGUAUCUCAGGACAAUGGUCCCUUGGAUUCCUCCAGUCUCAUAAGUAUGCGUUCCUGGGGAAUUUGAAGUUUUGUUCCACAUUUUUCUCCCUUUCUAUUAGGAUUCAUCUACUGUGUUGCUAAUCGGGACUUCAGUAUCCAAGAGCCAUCUAGCUCUUCCGGUGUCAAAGUAGAGGAGACUGUGGUUUAUGGAGAAAAUUAGUCCUGUAGACCAGUUCCUUCUCUGAUUCUUGGGUUUCCUUCUUUCUCUUUUGCUCCAAAUGAAUAGAGACCAAUAGGUGUAUUGUAGAUGGCUGCUCACAAGCUUUUGAGACCCCAGAGGCUACUUGCCAAACUGAUGUAUUGGAUUUUACUUUAACUUAACAUGGGGGUGGAAAAGUGGGAGAGAAGAUGGAUAAAGAGUCAGUAAUUAUAAAGUAUGAGUUAGUAAAUACAUGGUUGUUUUUAAUAGUACUGUUUCUAUCUUUUUACAUGUCUGAAAAUUUUCAUAAUAAAAAUAUUUUUAAAAAAGAGUACCUAUAAUGUUUGUCCAUAUCCUUUUCAGUAUUGGCUCUUAAAAUUUUAGACAUGUUUUUGCCAAUUUAAUACUAUAUUAGUUUUGUAUUCUGUUGGUGCCUAACCAGAUUUUUUUCAACUUGUCUUCUCCAUAUCGGUUUCAUGAUAACCAAAUAAAAUCCCUACACACAGAAUUCCUUAGCUUCUGACUGAAGCGCUAGAUGAAAUUUAUUUGAUUUGAUUCUCUGGGCUUUAAUGUCCACCAACCUUUUACCAAAAAACAAACAAACCCAUUGUUGUAGAGUCAAUUCUGACUCAUAGCGACCCUGCAGGACAGAGUAGAACUGCUCCAUAGGGUUUCCAAGGAGCGGCUGGGGGAUUCAAACUGCUGACCUUUUGGUUAGCAGCUGAGCUGUUAACGGCUGCACCACCAGGGCUCCACCAGCCUUUUGGCAGCUCCUAAUUUUUUUUGUUUUGUGUUAAAAGAUAUUUAUUUGUUGUAGAAAAUUUAGAAGAUUUUAAAAAGCACUCAGAAGGAAAUGAAAAUCAUCUAUUAUUAUCACAUCAAUUUUUAUAUGUAUUUGAUGUUGGUUUUUCUAUGCAUAUAGGUUUUUAAAAUUAAGGUAUUUUUACAUAUGGUGCUAUAUCCUGCUUUUUCUCUCUUAACAAAGAUUUUUCUGAGUUAUUAAAUAUUCUAAGUUGUUUUAGUCAUCUAGUGCUGCUAUAACAGAAAUACAACAAGUGGACGGCUUUAACAAAGAGUAAUUUAUUUCUUCACAGUAAAGUAGGCUCAGAGUCCAAAUUCAGGAUGUCAGCUCCAGGGGAUGGCUUUCCCUCUUUGUCGGCUCUGGAGGAAGGUCCUUGUCCUCAAUCUUCUUCUGGUCCAGGAGCUUCUCAGGCGCAGGGACCCCAGGUCCAAAGGACGCGCUCUGCUCCUGGUGCUGCUUUCUUUGUGGUAUGAGGUCUCCCUGUCUCUCUGCUUGCUUCUGUCUUUUAUAUCUCAAGAGAUUGCCUCAAAACACAAUCCAAUCCUCACUGACACAACUGCCGCUCAUCCUCCCUCAUUAACAUCAUAGAGGCAGGAUUUACAACAUACAGGAAGAUCACACCAUACCAGGAAUCAUGGUCCAGCCAAAUUGAUAGACACAUUUUUGGGGGGGUUGUAAUUCAAUCAUGACAUAAGUUAUUUCUUUUAAUGGCUAAAUAGUACUCCACAUAAAUUAUUUAACCAAUACCUUUCUGCACUAUUUGUUGGAUUUCCACAACAUUUUUUACCCCAAAAGGACAAAGGAGAAGACUUACCAGUAAAUCAGACCUUCUACCUUUGGCAUUUUGGGGGUUACUUUCUAAAACUGGUUAUUAGGAUUUCCCUUUAGGAACAUUCCCCAACUUCCCUCUAAUUAGGCUAAUAUACUUUCAGCACCAUUUUUCUUUCUUUUUUGCUCUCCCCAAGAGCGUUCAUUGUUUUAUCUAGCCUCGAAAGAAACACGUAAAUUAACUAGCUAAACCCACGAAACUUAUGUAAUUGUAGCAGCUCUUAAUUGACAUUAAUAAUAUUUUACCACAUUUAUUUCCACAUAUUUUAUAGUAAAGACAAUAUUCUCAUUCUUUUCUGAUAACUAGUUCAACCAAUGCUCGAAUUCUUAAGAACAAUAUACAGUUUUCUGGGUCUAAAUACAGAUUUCAGAAGGUAUAGUCAUAUUUUGUCAAAGUCCUAUUCCUGUGAAUUCUUGAUGGGCAUUGAAAAUGCUAAAUGAAUAAGGAACUGCUUUGAAUAUGUUUGAGUAGAAUAAAAGUGGAAUGCGUGGUAUGAGAAUGCUGUCCAAGAGAAUGCUAUCCAAAUUCAAGUCCUUACAUGUGCUCUACAUGUAAUUUAUCCUAGUUUAUUUGUUUCAUUUUGCAGGACAUUGCUUCUCAGUCUCCUUUGCUGGUUCCUCCUCUCCUUGACUUCUAAACAUUGCAGAGCUCUAGAAUUCAGUACUUGAAACUCUUCUCUUUUUUCCUCAAUACUUACUCCCUUGACAAUGGUCUGGUUUCGUGACUUCAGUGUACUGUGUGCUGAUGACUCCUAACUGCGUAUCUCCAAUCUGGACCUCUCUGAACUCCAGACGUGUAUUUCUGCCUAUUUCACAUCUCCACUUGGAUGUCUGCUAGGCAUCUCAAAUCCAAACUUCCUUUUCAACCUACUCCUCCAAAGUUCCCCCCAUCUCAGUAAACAUCAACUCCAUUCUUCUAGUUGUUCAGGUCACGUAUCUUGCGGUUAUUCUCUCUAUCAUGUGCUACAUCUAUUAUGUCAGCUGUAUCUUCCAAACAGAUCCAGGAUCUUACCACUUUUCAUCACUACCCUGGGCUAGGCCACCAUCAUCUUUUGCUGGAGAUAUUGCAAUAGACCCCUAACCAGCCUCCCUGCUCCCACCUGGAUCCCCUCAGUCUAGUCGCAAAUAGCAUAAUUAACAUAUUUCACAUCAGGUCAGGUCUCUGCUCUAAACUUCCCAAUGGCUUCCCAUUUUAGGGCAAAAACCAGAGGCUUCGUAAUGGCCUACGAGGUCCUGCAUGUCCCUCCACCCACCAUCUCUCUGGCUUCAACUCCUACCACACUCCACUCACUCAUUCUGCUCCAGCCACACUGGCCUCUUUGCUGUUGCUAGAACACAGACCCGCUUCUGCAUCAGGGCCUUGGCGCCUGCUACACGGAAUGCUCUUCCCCAGGUAUUUGUUUAUUUAUUUUAAAACAAUACUUUAUUGUGCUUUGGUGAAAGUUUACACAGCAAAUUAGGUUCCCAUUUAGCAGUUUCGGUGACAUUGGUUACAUUUUUUACAAUGUGUCAACAUUUUCAUUUCUAUUCUAAUUGUUCUGUUUCCAGUCAUUUAGUAUCCCUGUCUCCUUUACCUUCUCAUCUUUGUUUUAGCCCCCAGGUGUUUCUACAUGGCUUCUCCCUCCCUUUGUCCCGCCCUUCGUUGAGAUCUUUUAUUCCAAAGUCACCUUUUCAGAGAGGCCUUCCCUGACCUCCUGUGACAUUCUCUACCACUAUUUUCUAACUUAUUUUUCUCUAGAGUAUUUAUCACUACUUUAUAUAUGUUCAUUCAUUCAUUCAUUCAUUGUCUUCCCCCCACUAGAAUGUAAGCUCCAUAAGGGCAGGACUUUUUGUCUUCCUCCCCCUUCCUCCCACAACUGUAUCCUCAUUGCUCAAAAUGGUGCCUGAUAUAUAGUAAGCACCCAAUAUAUGCUGAAUGAAUGAAUGAGUUCUAGUUUGUGGUGAGACCAAGUGGCAAAUCUGGAUAUGCAUUAGAAAAAUAAGGGUGGAUUGUUUCCAACCGGUAGUUUAAUUGUGGCACAUUGAUGUAAAAGCCAUCAUUGAGUUAUAUUUUCAUAUAUCUUCUCUAUAGGUUCUUCUGUAAGCAGCUCUCUUAAUAGAAUACAGUAGCAAAUAUUGGAUGAGUCAGGAGAAGCCUUUCCAUCAUAGCAGUAUGUUCAAUAUGUCUAACUCUUUCUCUCGAUAUCUUGCCAUACAGUGCUCGGUGGUAUACCAUAUUCUCUACAUUAUGUUCUUUCAUUUCAAGUAAAACACUGAUUAUUCCAAUAUUAUAUUUCUAUUAGAUUAGUCCCUCCACUUCUCAUUUCAGUUCCAGUUCUCUUUCUCCGUUGUUCUCUGCCUUCUUCCCUUGAAUUUUCUUUUGCCCCUCCAAUAUUUCAUUGGUGUCUCUUCUAUAGUUUUUUAGAGUUCUUAAAUAUAAUUCAGCUAUUUUUCCGUGUCUUGAAAUUGUUAAAUAUUUAAGUUUAAUAAAAGCUAAAAGACUUAUUUUCUUUUAGCUUUUAUUUUAUUUUCUUUGAGUAGUGCUCAGACACGUGUCCAAUUUUUAGAAUCGCUUUAAUGCCCUUUAUUAAGUUAAAAAAAAAAAGGAGGGGGGAGCAGUGAGGAUUGUAGGAUGUCUAAACAUAAUUUCAAAAAAGGUAAAAUAAAUAAGCACUCAGAAAUCCAUACAAUUCUUAUAACUAGUCCUUCCCCACUCCUGUCGUCGUCACUGUGUAUAAAUGAACAAGGUGAUUUUCAUGGAAUCUCUGAUGCAUGCACGUUCAUUAGCUACAGAGAUCUCCACACUUGGUUUAACCAUGGGGAAAUGCAUGUAAACAUUUUGAUUAUAUAAAAUACAUAAGCAAUAUUAAGAGGGUAGUUUUUUUUUUAAUAGCUCGUUAAAAUCAGUAUUCAAAUAAAGUCCAUACUCUUUAAUAUUUCAUUGGAAAUACAAUUAAGGUAUGGGAAGAGAUUUUACUGUAAGACUGUUCACUUCAGUGUUGUUUAGAGUAGUGAAAAAGAAAAAAUAAUUUAAUCAUAAACAAAUCAUGAAAAAGCCAGUCUUUUGGAUUGGCUCCAAAAGACGAGUGCAUGACCUGACAAUUAAACACUACACAGCAAUUUAAAACGAUACUGCAGAAAGACUAUGUAAUGAACAGGAAAAGUAAGGGGGAAAAGCAGGCUAUAAAACAGUAUUUAUACUCUCAUUCUAUUUUCAUUAAUAAAUUACAUAUAUGUAUCUAUUAUUCAUAUUCCUGGAUGGUAGGGAAACAAACCAUUUUAAUUCUCAUAAAUUUAAAAAUGAAAUGUUCCUGUCUUUCUCCAAUGAUCUUGUAUUACUUGUAUAAUAAAAUAUUAUUAAAAAUAAAAAUGUAGCAGAAAUGCCUCUUGGUGGUGGUUUAGUUGGUUUCAUGCAGAAUGAGUUAUACUUAGCACAUUGGGUUUUGUUCUUACCAUGUGUUUUCUCCUGUGAUCUGUAUAGAAGUCCUGUGAGGCAAGAAGCAGCAGAAGCUCUGAAAGGGUCUGUGCCUUCACCUGAUGCUAGCACAAAGCUCCACAAAAAGGUAUUCAGAGGGUUAUUGUGCACUCCUCAGUACACUUGAUCUCACGUAGUAUCCCCAUGUAACCCUGAGAAGGUGAGAGGCAGAGGUGACGUUCGCACUAGGCUGCCUGUUACAGAAGGGGAAACCAAGUCACAGAGAAUCUGACUUCCUCACACCACCCACAAGGUCCUCACACUACCCCAGGUUGGUCUUAGGGGCAGGGUUUUAGUCCAGAUGUCUGUUGCUUUGCCAUAACCAAGGGAUUAUGUUUUGAUUCUCUUCUGAGUUUCAUCAUCUCAGUGUAGGUGUGUGAGGGGAGGGCUCUAGUUAUGUUUGGCCAAGGGAGUGCUUGAUCCUGCCCCAGUGUAACACACCACGCCACAUUCUGUGGUUGAGAACCUGACACAACUUGCUCAGGUUGUCCACACCCAUUUAAGGUAGGAUUGGCUUCUGCUUGUCUUUGCAUCCUAUGAACAACUCUCUGUCUACUGUCACCUCCUAACCUUUGCCACCAACAUCUGCAGCCCCGUGGCUCCCUCUCGGUGAGUGUCCCUUACUCUCGGCUCAUGCCUUCUACAGCUCUCUGAGGCCCUCACCCCAGCACUAAGCCCAUCCGACUCCCCCCACACUUAUGCGUUCAGUCUCCUCUUGACUGUGCCCCACCUGCAUUCUAGAGCUGGUCAUGACUCCUCUUUCUCUGAGUUCUUAUCUCUACCUUGCAAUUUAGUUGGGUACUCCUUGUUCUGUAGUUGUGUCAUUGGAAUGUCCACUUUUCUUCCCCUGAAAGACCAUGGGCUCUUGUAGGAAGAGACUAUUAGUAAUGAUGGGACUGAUAGCAGCUCUGAUAUUGACUGUGUGCGUAUUAUGUGCCAGGCCCAAAGCUAAAUGACUUACAUAAUUAUCUCAUUUAGUGAUCACAAUAACCCUGUAUUAUCCCAUUUGACAGAUUAAAAAAACUGAGGCUCAGAGAGGUUGAGUAACUUGUCUAAGGCCACUAGCUAGAAAGUGAUAGAGCAAGAAUUUUAACCAUACCUCUCCUAUUGCAAAGCCCACGCUUUUCAAUACCACACAUGCCUAACAGGGGUGUUCUUGUCAUUUUUGUUGUUUGAUUCAACUUGCUUUGAGUGCUCUUCGUGGUGGAAUCCACGGUGUGCUCGCUUCUUGGUGAGUAGGAAAACCUCCUGCCGAUAAGAAAGCAGAUACUACCCUCUCUAGCCGACAUAUUCAGCUUGGCUUUCUCUGACCUCAGAUGGUGGGCUGGGAUGAGAACACUCAAAGCUCUGUAUGUUCCUCCCCACCUCUAUUCUUACACCUACACACCCUUCAUUGCUCCACAGCUUCUCUCUGCUGUCCAUUUCCCUGGGGAUGCCUAAGCAGCCAGAAGGUUCUCAUUAGAGAAUCAGGGGUCCCUUGGGCUGCAGGUCUGCUCUCUCGAUACAGUUGAUAGGAAAAUGGAGCCACAGAUCAGCAAACGGCGCCAAGGAGAGAAUCCAGGCAGAAGACAGAACCCCCAUGGCUCACAUACCCCAUCCGGACCCCUUUACAGCUUGCCUCCCCUUCCCCCAAUCAGAAUCCUUGUUUUGGGGCUCUCAAGCCCUUGAGCUUAGCCCCGCCCCCUCCCAGCAUCCUAAAGUUUGAGGGCCUCAUUCAAGUCAGAGAUUUUCAAGUAGGGGUGUGUUGGAUGGACUUCUUCUGAGGGCAACUUGCCCUGAAAGAAUGGGGGAAGGUGGCAGCAGCCACCGCUGUCACUGAGGACGUCUGUGUAGCUCCCUGGGAGACCCUCUGCCCUUUCCCCCUCCCACCAGCCGAGCCUAGCAGGGACCAAGCUUGCUUAUUAUCACCUGACGCUGUGCAGCCACUGAUCCCAUUGGUGGAGCCAGAUUCGGUCUGUCUCUCCCGUUCCUUCUCGCCUUCUCUGCCUCUCUCUCCUCCACGCUGCUUUUAUUUCUCUCUUGCCUCUCUCCUUGCACUCGGCUGGGGAAUAUUGUCUCACGGGGGGCAGCAGCAGUGUGCUGCAGAGCCAGACAGGAGCUGCCUGCGGGGCAUGGAAGAAGCCUCCUGGGCAGCCAGGAGAGGAGCAAGCCAGUGCUGCUGCCUGUGACCCAGAGUCUGGCCACUGCUCCUGUGCCUGGGGAGCUCAUCCACACAGAGGUCUCCUUCCCUCCCUUCCCUUCCCUCCCAGGUCUUCCUCUGCAGAGCCCGGUGGAGCCAGUCCCCACAGGAGCCAAACCAGAGGGGAGCAUGGAGCUGCUGUCUACCCCCCACAGCAUUGAGAUUAACAACAUCACUUGUGACUCCUUCCGCAUCUCCUGGGCCAUGGAGAACAGUGACCUGGAGAGGGUCACCCAUUACUUCAUUGACCUCAACAAGAAGGAGAAUAAGAACUCCAACAAGUUCAAGCACCGGGAUGUCCCCACCAAGCUCGUGGCCAAGGCUGUGCCACUGCCCAUGACAGUAAGAGGCCACUGGUUCCUGAGCCCCCGCACAGAGUACAGCGUGGCUGUACAGACAGCGGUGAAGCAGAGUGACGGGGAGUACCUAGUGUCUGGCUGGAGUGAGACGGUUGAGUUCUGCACUGGGGAUUAUGCCAAGGAGCACCUGGCUCAGCUGCAGGAGAAGGCAGAGCAGAUCGCAGGCCGCAUGCUUCGCUUCUCCGUCUUCUACCGCAACCAUCACAAGGAGUACUUCCAGCACGCCAGGACCCACUGCGGGAACAUGCUGCAGCCCUACCUGAAGGACAACAGUGGCAGCCACGGCUCUCCCACCAGCGGCAUGCUGCACGGUGUCUUCUUCAGCUGCAACACGGAGUUCAACACAGGCCAGCCUCCCCAGGACUCCCCCUACGGCCGCUGGCGCUUCCAGAUCCCCGCCCAGCGCCUUUUCAACCCCAGCACCAACCUCUACUUUGCGGACUUCUACUGUAUGUACACGGCCUACCACUACGCCAUCCUGGUGCUGGCGCCCAAGGGCUCCCUGGGGGACCGCUUCUGCCGCGACCGCCUGCCCCUCCUGGACAUUGCCUGCAACAAGUUCCUCACCUGCAGCGUGGAGGACGGAGAGCUGGUCUUCCGCCAUGCCCAGGACCUCAUCCUGGAGAUCAUCUACACCGAGCCCGUCGACCUGUCCCUGGGCACCCUGGGCGAGAUCAGCGGUCACCAGCUCAUGAGCCUGUCCACUGCCGAUGCCAAGAAAGACCCCAGCUGCAAGACCUGCAACAUCAGUGUGGGCCGCUAGGGGCUCCUGGGGAGCCGGGGGACUAGGGAGAGAGGACCAGAAGGGUGGAGAUGGGCUGGCGUAGGUUCAGGGCGUUGGUCUUCUCUCCCCCUGCCCCUUGUCCCCUGGGCUCCACCAGUCUACUCCUUUCCCCCACCCCUUGGCACUGGAGGCAAUAGGGGGUGGUCCUCUUGGUAAGUGUGGCCCACCCCGUGCCCCAUUGACUUGGGAAGCCUUCUUAGCCUCAGUAGGUCAGCGGAUGGUUUGGAUUUCUGGAGACGUCUCCUUUCCUCUAUUUUCCCUGUCCUGUUCUUCCUUGCCUCAACCUAGCCCUCCAUCUCGGAGACCUGCUGGCCUUCUGAGCUCUCCCAGGGAGGCCUCUCUGGGCCAAAGCCCAUGUGUAGUUUGCCUGCCUUCAGAAGAGAUGCAGAGAGAUGUGGGGCGUGGUUUUCCUUAGCCCCACCCACCCCACUCAGGGCCAACCACAGAAUGCCCCUCCCCUCUGAGCUGGGGUCCCCUGUGCCUCCCACUCUGGCCUGGGCCCCUUCCCCCUAUAAAUAGUCCCUGUGCCCAGCUGUACCCCCUGGCUGCUCCUUGCCCUGUAGAACCUUCUUCCUGCAUGGGGAGAGAUGUCCCUCCCCUUCCCCACCUGCCCACUCUGGACCCUCCUCCUGCUUUCUAGAAAGGGACCUUUUUUCUCUUGGCUUUGGAGGCUCUGGGCUGUUGGGAUUUUUCCUUUCUUCUUUCUGGAGAUGAUACACCUAGCAUUUUUUCUCCCUUGCUCAGAACUCUGGGGUCUGGAAUGACAGCCAUUGGGGUCGAGGAGGGGGAAAGAGACCCCUGAGGCCCAGAGGUACCAGGAGGGGGCUGCCUUGGGCCCUGAUGGGGCCUGGCGUGGAACUAGAGAGCUGAAGGCUUCCCUGCAGAGCCCUGGCACCCACCUGGCUGUGCCGCUUUGCUCGCUCGUGCUCUGCCGCGGUGCCGUGACUGUAUUGUGCCUGUGUGUGAACCAGACCAUGGAUUCUCCGCCACUCCACCUCCCGCCCGCACCCACUGGCACUGUUAGCUCACCUGGUGGGCCUAUUGGCUGAGAGGCCCUCCCCCGGAAGUUCUUGGUGAAGUCUUUCCUUGGCCUCCUGGCAUUCUCAUGAUUUCCUACUUUUGUAUGGGUCAGGAGGCUGGUGGGGGUGGACUCCCUAAGGGAAGCAAACCAGGCGGAGUGACAGGAGAGGUGUGACGGAGGCAGCUAGCUGUUUGAGGGAUGAUGGAGGUGAUGUCAGACAGAGAAGAGAGCGGUCCCCAGAGUGACUGGCUCCGAGGCAACAGAGACCACAGACAAGCACCUGGACCCCUGUGAUGAAGGGCUGAUGGGGCCAGCAGGCCAACAAGGGCAUAACUUCAGAGAGGGGGACAGGACAGCUGGUAGCCUCUCCUGUAGCCAGUGGGGAGUGGUCAGCUGCCUCCUUGGAACAAGUCAGAAGGCCUGGGGGCUCUGGGAGAUGCAUGGAGAAGGAGAGGACAUGGGCCCCAGGCCCUUUACCCCUCUGCUUACAGCAUUGCUGUGGGGGUGCCCGCCGCCCUCCCCAGCCCUGUGUCUGCCCUGUGCUGGGGGCACACCUGCCUGUGCUGUGCUUUCAAUGUGCAUCAAUAAACCGCCAUGGCCUGAGGGCCCUGCCUCUCUUUGGGCCCUGGGAGGGGUGAGGGGGGUGAAUUGCAAAGUCCACAGGGGAGCUCAAAUUGGGACGCCCCCCAGGACAGGCUACUGGGAAUCUUCUCCAAGGGUGCACUAAAUCCCACUGUGGGAGGCAGGGCUAGAAUGCAGAGCCAGUGUCUCCAACUUGAAAGGGACUUUGGAGGUCAUUUAGUCCCUUUCCAGAUGGGAAAACUGAGUCUUCCAGGUCCAACCCCAACCAAGUUCCCCAAACUCCUCAUUUGGAGCCCUUCCCCUGCAGCUGCUUGUCAUUGUUUCAGACCCAGAUGCCACUGAAUUUCCCUCACCCCAGAACUCAAAUAUCCCCUCCCCCAGCAGGGCUCCUUAUUUGCAGCUCUGAGUCACCUCUGCAUCUAUUAUUAUGAGCUUAUUAAAAUGGUCCUUUGCCUGAGUGGAGAAGCUCCAGAAAAAUCAAAGGCACCUCGCUGACACUGGGUGCCUGACUCAGGGCCAAGUUAACACGUACCUUCUAGAAUUUGGGUAUACCCUCUUUGGGCUAGGAAGGAAAAGCUGAAGAGCUGAAGGGCAAACUGCCAUUUCUUGAGAACCUACUAUGUGCCAGGCAUCGAGCCAGGACCUUCCACACACAUUUCAUUUAAUAUUCACAAUGGCCCUAUGCAGUAGUAUUACUAUUUCACAUGUGAAGAAACUGAGUCAAAAUGAAGUUAAAUGACUUGGCCCAUGUCUUAUAGCUAAUAGGUGACAGUGCCCAAGAAUCAUCCCAUGUCAUUGCCCUGUCUCCCCCAGUAUAUGCUGGGGACCACCUGGGGCAGGAAGACAUGAGAGGGCCAGCCUCAGACGCAGGGGCUUGACAACUCCACCCUCCUGUCCCACCACCCCAAGGGAUCUCCACAUCUCUGCUGGCUCCCUGAGGCCAUGCCUACUUCCAGAGUAACACCAGGGGGGGCUGUGGAGUUACAAAUGCCAUAAAAGUUUAUUUUAAAGGCAUUGAGGGUGGUACACUUGGAGCUCAGAAUUCCAAAGAUGGAAGGUGACUUCCGUGGUCCAUCGCCCCGUUUCUGCCCAGGAUUUCCCCCCCAGCUGAGAAGUUUUCGGAGUCUUCCAGAAGAGGAAGUUUCAGUCUUCCUUUUUUGAACCCUUCCCUGUGAGUUUCUUAGGAGGGGGAUGAAGGCAGCAAAUGGAGAUGUGAAAUUCCAGGUAAGUUGCCUCCCGAGAGCCUGCUUCUCUUUUUUCUCUCCAGGUGGCCAGCCCUGGGCUGCUUGAGGAGCCCAUCGGAUGGUGCUGGGUCAAGGUACCCGCCAGACUCUCCCCUGGAGUCCCUCAUGGCCUGCCUCCUUCUAAUCUAACCCAAUGGAAGGAGAGAGGUCUACGUGUGCAUGCAAACACACACACAUACACACACUCCCUCUCUGGGGUGGAUUUAGAGGACAGCCUAGUAGGCCACAUAGAGCUACGAGGUGAGGGCCAGUCCUGGAUGGUAGCUGCCAUUGUUUAACUGAGGGGCCCCAGGGUUAGCUGCAUCUUCAUCGUUGGUUACCCUCACACUGCAGGUGGGGGUGGGGAGGAUGAGGUGGUGACCACAAAGGGGCAACUCUGGUUCACAGGUGGGGUGCUCUGCUGUGCACAUACACACAUGGUCGUACACACUCUCACCCCUAACACAGCUCACACAUUCGCCUUUGUUCAGAUGGAUGCCCACACUUUCCUGCCUACUCCUUCCUCCCAGGGCAGCAUCUUUACUUUUUAUCCUGGGUGGAUAAGAGGGCCCCCCAAGCUGGAUUGAGGGAAGGUACUGGCUCUGAGGAUCUUCACAGUUUCAUUUGGCUUCUUUAGUAUGUGUCACAUCUCCAUGUUAGGAAAAGGGGUGGCUGAGGGCCCAAGGA